AUGUCGGAGUUGGGUAUGACGUCAUCGCCUAGCAACAGGUCCCCCUGCUCUCAACUGAAACUGUUGGCUCUGGGCCAAACUCUUCUGUCAACAUUCAAUAUUGCUGCUGCAGCUCCCCUAACCAUGGAGAAUCCAGUCGCCGAGAUCCGAACGGUGAUCCGUCUUCUCACUCAAUCCACACCAUCGUUACAAGAAAAGGCCUUGAAGCAGUUCUUCACCUCCAAUGCAGCCUUUGUGCAUCCAUUCUGUCGAGUCCCCAGCUUUAAUGGAAGUCGCUGGUGGGUGACCAAGAUCUUUCAAUGGUACAAGAUCAUGUCGCCUCGGAUUGAAAUGGAGAUUCACUCCAUUGCAUUUGAUGAGAAUAAUUUAAAGCUCUAUGUCAACAUGUCGCAGAUCUUCUCCAUCUGGCUGGUGCCUUUUCACGUUGCACCAGUGACUCUGACAACGGUCUUGGAUCUCACCACAGACGCAGCCCGGAGCAAUGCGCCGACGAAUGGCGAUCACACACGGUACUACAUUACCAAGCAAGAGGAUCUGUAUCAAACUUCCGAGUUUGUGAAAUUCCUCCUCCCACAUGUGGGCCACUGGCUAGUUCUGGCAUGGCACUUGAUGGCAACGUUCUUCUGCAUUUUGGGUGUGACUUUGCUGUGGCCCAUGCUGUGGUUGGAGGAGAAUGGCUACCUGCCUACUUGGAUUUCGCGAGGAAAUCUGGCCUACGAUAUUGCGGACAGGAUCCCCGAGAUCAAGAAGGAAUAA